AUGCCACCACCACAAUCUUCAGUGGCAGCAGCUUUGGGUUAUCCGAGUGUAUCUUGCAUGUACUGUAAAAGCAAAAAGGUUGAAUGUGAUAAAUUAAUACCAUUGUGCACAGCUUAUACCAAAUCAAAUAAUAACUGUCAAUACACUUCUUAUUCACUUUCUCAACCUUUGAUCUAUGAUGAGAAUAAAUUUAUUAAUACAAGCACCAAUUGUAAUGGCAAUUACGUUGAAUUUUCUGAACCAACAUGUUCACCGUAUGAACUUUUCAAUUCUCGAAAACAAAAUGAUGAUAAUUUAGAAAAUUUUAAUAGCAAUAGAAACACUAAUUACAAUCAAUUAUUGUUGGAUAAUUCGCCUCUUCUUUCUCUUCCUCACAUGCAUUCUCCAUCUACAACAUUUAAUAACAAAAUCCCUUCUCUGAUUAGCGAUAAUAAUUGUUGCCUUGAUUCACCAUCACAAACAUUACAACAACCUCAAUUAUUACAAUCACCUCUUCAAACCAAUACUUCUAUGACUGCCCCUGAAAUUCAAAUUACUCCUGAUGAUGGCGACGACCCUUGCUGA